AUGGAUCUCUUAUCAGUCCUCCCCGAUUUUUCCACAAAAUCAUACACGCACAUCCUACCCCCGCUCGAACGCAAACACAUCUCGACCGUCGAUCUUAUCACCCUCGACACGCUCGAAAUCGCAAAGCGCGCGCAUGUGCCGCCGGCCGAUGUGCGCCGGUUAAGUGCGGACGUUGUCGUCGCGCUGCAUGCUUCUUUGGGGUGGAGGACACAUAAAGAAACAGAGACAGAGACAGAGACAGAGGCAGAGAGGACAAACAGAAAUCAGCUGGAUCUGUCGCGAUGGAACACCAUCAGCACGCUGGACGCGACGCUCGACGAGCUGCUUGGCGGUGGGAUACCGACUGGUUAUCUGACCGAAAUCACUGGCGAGAGUGGAAGCGGUAAAACGCAGUUCCUGCUCAACCUCCUCCUCGCAGCGCAACUCGCGCCGCCGCACGGAAUUGGCAAAACAGCCAUCUACAUAUCCACCGAGGCACCACUAUCGACACGGCGGCUCUCGCAGCUCCUCCAGAAACAUCCAUACUUGUCAAACCUUGAAAAGAAGCCCUCGCUGGGCAAUGUGUUGUCCAUCACCGCCGUGGACUUGGAAACCCAGGACCAUAUUCUCAACUACCAGCUGCCCGUGGCGAUAUCGCGGUUUAAUGUUGGUCUUGUGGUGAUUGAUUCAAUUACUGCGAAUUACCGCGCCGAGCAUGCUUCGAAUAGUAUGCAGGCUCUGUCGGCACGGUCCGGCGAGUUGGCCAAGUUGGGCCAUAUGCUGCGGAACCUCGCUGCGAGUGAGGAUGUUGCUAUUGUUGUUGCCAAUCAAGUCUCGGAUAGGUUUGAUUCGCUUGAUGGUCAGCAACAACAGCAGCAGCAAGGGCGAUUACUAUCAACCCCGAAUAGAUCACUACCAAAAAACCGACUCGUCGAGGACAUGCCAUCGUCCUCCCCGGCAACGCAGUCUUCUCAGCUAGUCGAAGACGAUGCCUUUGACGGGGGGUACUUGAUUGGACACCCCGUGCGCAACGAGACUCUGACUCUGGCGUACCAGGAAAAGUUCUUUACGGGAUGGGGAGAUGACAAUAACUCCGGCGUGUCUGAUUACUUUGUUUCUGAAGUGCAGAAAACGCCGGCUCUCGGCCUUGUCUGGUCAACACAGAUAGCCUGUCGGAUAGUCUUGAAAAAGGACGACGAGACGGACCAGGAUCGUGUAGCAGCGGCAGCAGCAGCAUUUGCGUCUUCUCAGCCAGUGCAGCCAGUGCAUUCUGGUAUCUCGACAGCGAGGAAUAUACCCUCGCCACUAAAUAAUUCACACAAUUCACCCAGCAAAGAGCCUCAAAAAGGAGAAACCGACAAAAAGGAAGCAACUCCCCGCGAACCAUCUCUCUCACAACCGGCUCCUUCUACAUCUACACCUACUUCUACAUCUACUACUGCCCCUGCAACAGCCACCUCAAACACGAAACGAAAAGUGAAACGACGCAUGAAACUCGUCUUUGCGCCGUGGGCAUCUGGCAUAGUCAAGGAUCCUGUUGAUGACAGGAAUAACAGCGACGAGGUUGAAUUUGAGAUUUGGGAGGGUGGGAUAAAAAGUGUAGCUAGAGAUGAGGUGGGAAAUGUAUGA